AUGGAGGAAGAGAUCAAGUACUCGUGGUCCUCCAAGGCCGUAUGGUUCUGGGCCUGCAUCACGUCCAUCAACGGCUGGCUCUUCGUCUUUGAAGACCACAUCCUCCCCAAGUUCGGGGCCGACAGAUGCUUGAUUCCUAACUCGAGCCGGGCCUCGGCGCUCUAA